GCGGUGCUUCAAACAAUACAGGAAGGUGAAGAGUUGUCAGUGCAGAGAUGUCCGGUGGUGUGAUCCGCGGCCCUGCUGGAAGCAACGAUUGCCGCAUCUAUGUGGGAAACCUGCCGCCCGAUAUUCGCACCAAAGAUGUCGAAGAUGUGUUUUAUAAGUACGGAGCCAUCCGAGACAUCGAUCUGAAAAACCGACGAGGCGGACCUCCAUUCGCCUUUGUCGAGUUUGAAGACCCCAGAGAUGCAGAGGAUGCUGUUUAUGCUCGUGAUGGCUAUGACUAUGAUGGCUAUCGACUUCGAGUGGAAUUUCCUAGGAGUGGACGAGGAAUGGGCAGAGGAGGUUUUGGUGGGGGUGGUGGAGGCGGUGGCGGCGGAGGAGGAGGUGGUGGUGGGGCUCCUAGAGGUAGAUAUGGACCCCCAUCCAGACGUUCAGAGUACAGAGUAAUUGUUUCAGGACUUCCACCAAGCGGCAGCUGGCAGGAUCUGAAGGAUCACAUGCGUGAAGCAGGUGAUGUAUGUUACGCUGACGUUUUCCGAGAUGGAACUGGUGUGGUGGAGUUUGUUCGCAAAGAGGACAUGACCUACGCCGUUCGCAAACUGGAUAACACAAAAUUCCGGUCCCAUGAGGGAGAAACUGCGUACAUCCGCGUAAAGGUGGACGGACCCCGCAGUCCAAGCUAUGGAAGAUCAAGGUCAAGGAGCCGCAGUCGCAGCAGGAGUCGCAGCCGCAGCAACAACCGUAGCCGAAGCUACUCUCCACGCCGCAGCCGAGGAUCCCCUUGAGUCGUUUUUGUUUUACAGUCUUUACAAAUCACGAACCCCAUGUUUUAAUCACCCCCUGUUUCGUGAGACAGUUGAUCUUAUGAAUGUUGUCUUUUUUUUUUUUUUCCCUCCCUCUUACUGUUAGUUUUAAACAUGCGUUUUUAACUGAACCCAUUUUGUUUUUCCCCCCCAUCCAUUUUUUUUUUUUUUCAAUACAUAGUGGAAGUCUUUCAUAGAUCAGAUCAAGGAUUAUGUAAUGACUCCCAAAUAUUUUUGUAAAUGCCAUGUAUGAAAGUUAAUCAUGGGAUAGUGGGUUCCACAGUUGUUUUAUGCUGUCUUCCUCUAGACGUGACACAGAUCUGAUGCUUUGUAAUAAAGGAUUACUAAAUCUAUACUUUGUUUCGUAAAAGGGUGAAUUUGAGCACUAGAACAAUCCUCCAUUACUAUUAAAUACUGUUCUCUGCCUUCAGGGCAUUAAUUGGGUAACUGCAAAAUUUAGAUUACCAGGUGGCAGCUUUUUACUAUUUCAUUUUAGAGAUGUACUUUUCAAUCAUAGCUGAGGUUGUGUCCAAAGACUUGAGUGUCCAACAGCAUAUUUGAAUCGGUCUUAGUGUUAGGUCAUUAGUCUUAAUUUUAGUUUUGGCCUUAAUGCUGUAUGCAUGUAUCAAAGAAGGCAGGUUUGAGUGGAUUUGAUUCUAACUCUUUACCUCCUUUGUUUUGAUUUUGCUGGUAUCUUAAGGUUUGGAUUGGAGGAGAGGCUCAGUGGAUGCCGGAUCAUUGGGAUCAGUACAUAAUGAAGAUAGGAUAGGGAAUGCUGGAUACAUGGAACAGGAUCAACUGCUCCAGGAUCAUAGGAUUUUUAAGACCACAGUUCAAAAGUACUUCUCCAGCCCAUAAUUUUUAUUUUUUAUUUUUUCUUUACCUCAGUGGAAAAUGUAGAUGUUUUGGCCCGUCACAUUUUUAACAGAGGAGCAGAUGUUGGAGCAGGCUGUGGGGAUGGAAUCAACAGGAACAGAAUGGUAAAAUGAAAGAAAUACAUUUGGGAUGGGGGGUAUACUCAGGCAUUUUUAGAUUUACACUGUCCCAAUGUGGACAGUAGAUGUUUUAACAUCACUAGCAUUUUGUUUCUUUCUAGUUAAGUACUUUUUUUUUUUUUCUUGCCUAAAUAAAGGUUUCAUUGGUACAAAAA